AUGUCCCGCAGGGGGACAGAGAACCCCAACCAGACGGUGGUGAGCCACUUCUUCCUGGAGGGUCUGCUGUACACAGCUGAACACCCUGCCCUCUUUUUUCUCCUCUUUCUCCUCAUCUACACCGUCACAGUGGCUGGGAAUCUCCUCAUUCUCCUAACUGUGGGCUCUGACCCUCACCUCCGAUCCCCCAUGUACCACUUCCUGGGGCACCUGUCCUUCCUGGAUGCAUGUUUGUCUACGGUGACGGUGCCCAAGGUCAUGGCUGGGCUGUUGACUCCCGAUGGGAAGGUGAUCUCCUUCGAGGGCUGCGCUGUCCAGCUCUACAACUUCCACUUCCUGGCCAGCACCGAGUGCUUCCUGUACACGGUCAUGGCUUAUGACCGCUACCUGGCCAUCUGCCGACCCCUGCACUACCCAGUGGCCAUGAACCGUCGUAGGUGUGCAGGGCUGGCUGGAGUCACCUGGGCCACAGGUGCCAUGCACUCUGCAAUCCACACCUCCCUCACCUUCCACCUGCUCUACUGCGGGCCUCACCACAUCGCCUACUUCUUCUGUGACAUCCCGCCUGUGCUGAAGCUGGCCUGUGCAGACACCACCAUUAACGAGCUCGUCACGCUCACCAACAUCGGCAUAGUGGCUGCAGGCUGCCUGAUCCUCAUCUUGGUAUCCUACGUCUUCAUCGCCAAGGCUGUGCUGCGCAUCCGCACGGUGGAGGGCCGGCGGCGGACCUUCUCCACCUGCACCGCGCACCUGACCUUGGUGUCCCUGUACUACCUGCCGCCUGUCUCUAUCUACCUGCAGCCUCGCUCCGGUGGGGCAGGAGCUGGGGCCCCUGCCGUCUUCUACACAAUCAUCACUCCCAUGCUCAACCCUUUCAUUUACACUCUGCGAAACAAGGAGGUGAAGCGGGCCCUGCGGAGGCUUUGGUGCCUUAGUCCCCGAGAAUCUCAGGUAGGCAGCCCACCACCCUAA